GUUUCGUCGCUAGGGGGAAAAAAAAGAGAAAAAGGGAAAAGGAAAAGGAAAGGAAAAGAAAAUCGAAAACCCUAUCUCGGCCCGUUACCCACACCAUCACUUCAAACGAGGGUCAAAUUCUGCGUCUCACGGACUGUGGAGUCCUCUGAUUUCCUCUUUUCUCUACAUCCGAGUGUAUGUGUGUGAGAUUUAUCUUUGUUAUUUUCAAAGCAUAAACGGAACAAAAGCAGUUUAGGAGUACAAGAAGAUGGCGGCGGAGAGUUCAACGGCCGCGGCGAGCAGUAGAUCUGGUGGUGCAGGUGCAUCUGCGGACUCCUACAUCGGCAGCUUGAUAAGCUUGACUUCGAAGAGUGAGAUCAGGUACGAGGGCAUACUCUACAACAUCAACACCGAAGAGUCUAGCAUCGGCUUACGCAACGUGAGAUCAUUCGGUACAGAAGGACGGAAAAAAGAUGGUCCACAAGUCCCUCCAAGUGACAAAAUUUAUGAAUACAUUCUAUUUAGAGGAAGUGAUAUCAAGGAUUUACAGGUCAAAGCUUCUCCACCAGUUCAAACUACUCCGCCAAUUAACAGUGAUCCCGCAAUUAUUCAGUCUCACUAUCCUCGUCCAACCCCACCACCUCCUACAAGCUUGCCUACAGCUCCUAGCGGAUCUUUGGCAGAUCAUGGUUCCCAUUCUGCACAGAUGGGGCUCCCUGGGUCAACUUUCCAAAGUGGUUUGCCUUUAUAUCAACCAGGAGGAAACUUGAACUCUUGGGGCCCGUCUCCACCCAACGCUAAUGGCAGUGGGUUAGCUAUGCCAAUGUAUUGGCAAGGUUUCUAUGGAACACCUAAUGGGCUGCCUCAACUGCCUUGGCAGGGGUUCUAUGGAACACCUAAUGGGCUGCCUCAACUGCCGCAGCAGUCCUUGCUUCGGCCACCUCCUGGCCUGUCUCUUCUUCCUUCGAUGCAACAGAUGCAAUUUUCUGGUUUCAAUUCAUCUCUGCCACCAGCAGGAUCUAGCUUGCCAACUGCUAAUUUACCAGAUUAUCAUUCUUCCUUGGUUCCCAGCAGCACAGGUUCUUCUAGUUUAACAUCUACUUCUUUACCUGCUUCAACUUUAUCUUUGAAUAUGCCACCUCUGCAACCUGUGUCGCUAUCGUCUGAAACAAUGACCAAUCCUCUGGCAAACAAAGCUCCUAUUACCGCUACCUCUACAUCGUCUCCGGGUCCUGGCUUGCCAUCUCUGGCUCAUCUUCCUACUUCAGUUCCUGAUAAUGCAGGAGUACCUUUAGCAGUUAGCAAACCUGUUCCAAUAGCUGGCCCAACAGCUUUGCCCCAGCAGGCCAUAUCUCAGUCUGGAACAUCUGUUGCUGUGGCAUCUGGUUCAGUUCUUACAGAAUCACCUACACCUUUGCUUAUAACGCCAGGACAGCUCCUGCAUUCUGGACCAGCUACUGCCUCUGCACCUCAGCCUUUACAAACAGUGCAGAAGGAUGUGGAGGUUGUACAAGUGUCUUCGAAGCCGUCAGCAGAACCUACAGUCCCGGUAGUAACAGAAGCUCAACCACCAAUAUUGCCUUUGCCACCAAAUUCUCGAGCUCAAAAGCCAAAUGGAAGUGCUUAUCACAUGCGUAAUAAUUACCGAGGGCGAGGUGGAAGAGGAUCAGGGAUUUCACGCCCAGUGACGAAAUUCACUGAAGAUUUUGAUUUUACGGCAAUGAAUGAGAAAUUCAAAAAAGAUGAAGUAUGGGGUCAUCUGGGAAAAAGCAAUAAAUCACAAUCAAAGGAUAAAGAAGGAAAUGGAAGUGACAUUGGUGAAGAUGAUUCACAGGAUGAGGAUGUUGCUGAAUUGCCAAAGAUUGAGGUCAAGUCUGUUUAUAAUAAGGAUGAUUUUUUCGAUUCUCUAUCUUGCAAUGCCCUGGACAAUGACCCGAAUAACGGGAGGACUAGGUAUUCAGAGCAAAUGAAAUUAGAUACUGAGACAUUUGGAGAAUUUUCAAGGUAUCGGGGUGGUCGUGGCGGUCGUGGCCCUGGACGUGUUGGUGGUCGGUUCCGUGGCUCUUACCAUGGAAGAGGCUAUGGUGGAUAUAAUAGCUAUGUGGGUAGGGGCCGUGGUCGAGGUACGCAGAACCGUGCUUCCUAGGGCAAAGGAGCAUAUGUCAGUGCAAUUAAGAGUUUUAAGAAAAGCUAAUGCCAAUCUUGUCCUCUCGGACAGGAAUUGAUUUAGGACUUGCUUGUAAUUUCUGUGCAUUUUGUUCUAGUAGUUUACCUAAUAAAAUUAGGAUAUGGAUUUAGAAUCUUCUGUUUUCUCCCUCUGUCUACCUCUUUUUCUUUUAGCCUUUAAAAUCUGCUUGAGGUUUGUAGUAAAAUCUCCCGAGUCACUCCUUGGAGAUCCUGGCAAAUAUUUCUAUCAUUUGUGUUUAUGUUAAGACAGCCUUACAUGGAAAGGUAAUGGUAGAAUAUAAAACAUGAUUUCUCGUAGAUGUUGAUAUUCUUAGAAAGUGACUUAUUAA